AUGUCCACUCAAGACCUCCAAGGUGUCAUCGACAAGUUGCACGCUCGUAUUGAGCAAUUGGAAAAGAAGGCCGGCAUCAUCCCCGACGUCCCCGAGCUGGUGAGAAUGGUGCUCAUCGGUCCCCCCGGUGCCGGUAAGGGUACCCAGGCCCCCAACUUGAGCAAGAAGUUCUGUGCCUGCCACUUGGCCACUGGUGACAUGUUGAGAGCCCAGGUCGCCGCCAAGACCGCUCUCGGUCAAGAAGCCAAGAAGAUCAUGGACCAAGGUGGCUUGGUCUCCGACGAAAUUAUGGUCAACAUGAUCAAGGACCAAUUGGAAAACAACAAGGAGUGCUCCAAGGGUUUCAUCUUGGACGGGUUCCCUCGUACCAUCCCUCAAGCGGAAAAGUUGGAUGCGAUGUUGGCCGACCGCAAGACCCCUCUCGAAAAGGCCGUCGAGCUUAAGAUCGACGACGAGUUGUUGGUGGCGAGAAUUACCGGCAGAUUGGUCCACCCUGCCUCGGGGAGAUCGUACCACAAGUUGUUCAACCCUCCCAAGAAGGAAAUGACUGACGACAUCACCGGCGAACCCCUCGUGCAAAGAUCGGACGACAACGAAGACGCCCUCAAGAAGAGAUUGGUUACUUACCACAAGCAAACCGAACCCAUUGUCGAAUACUACCAAAAGACCGGCAUCUGGUCGGGCAUCGACGCCUCGCAAAAGCCCGGCAAGGUGUGGUCGGACAUCCUCAAGUGCUUGGGCCAACAAUAA